CCCUAAAAACUGAACAAAUAUCUACAAAAAAUUUAGUUUUGAUUUUUGAAAAGCGACAAGUGUUCUCCGAUGCUCCUUCGUGCCAUUCUUCUAAUUUUCAUCAGCGCACCAUGGGUGUUGUCCGUUACUGUUAAGCGGAAUAUGACCGAGUAUGAGCAGAAAAUUCAUAUCAACCUACUCAAUGGGAUCCGUCAGAAGAAUGCGAUUGAUGAGCAAGUGGCUAAUAUGCAUGAGCUGGUCUACGAUCCCGCUCUGGAAUCCUUAUCAUAUCCAGAAUGCGAAAUCUCCAACGAUGAUAUUACCGUAAGGAACAAUGAUGGCGUAUCCACAUAUUAUAAUGCAUUCCCACCAACGGACAGAUAUUGGGUGUACUAUGCGCAACACAUUGAUCCCCUGCAAACGUCUGCCGCAUGCCAUCAUCUCACCUGCAAAUCCGGCAGUUCCAAUAAUAACAGUGUCAGCGGAUGUAUUUUUGGACCUGUUCGUAAAUUCAGCAGCUCGGAAGUGGUGAAAGGAGAGCCUGGUUCAAAGUGCCCAAAAGGAAGAUCUUCACUGGAUUUGUGUACUAAUUCGGGAGGCAUGCUCUAUUGGGCUCCUGCCUUGAUUUUGGCAGUUAUGGUGCAUUUUAACUUUAUUUGAAAAAUGUUUUUUGAAAUAAAGUUUUGAAUUUACCG